CACACUUCCAGCAAGAGCACUGGCCAGUUCAGCUUCUGAGGGCUCCUGCAGAACACGUGAUGCUGCGUUCAGCCUCAGCCCUCUGCCUCUUGCUCGUCGCGGUUUCUCCCAACCUCGCUGCUGCCAUCAGAAAGGACAAGAGGCCUCCGCAGACACUCUCACGAGGAUGGGGAGAUGACAUCACUUGGGUGCAGACUUAUGAAGAAGGUCUCUUCCACAUUCAGAAAAGUAACAAGCCGUUGAUGGUCAUUCAUCACUUGGAGGACUGCCAGUACUGCCAAGCUCUCAAAAAAGUGUUUGCUCAAAAUGAAGAAAUACAGGAAAUGGCUCAGAAUAACUUCAUCAUGCUGAAUCUCAUGCAUGAGACUACAGAUAAAAAUUUAUCACCAGACGGACACUAUGUGCCUAGAAUCAUGUUUGUGGAUCCUUCUUUGACAGUCAGAGCUGAUAUAACUGGAAGGUAUUCUAAUAGGCUGUAUACAUAUGAGCCUCAGGAUUUACCAAUACUGAUAGAAAACAUGAAGAAAGCAUUAAAACUUAUUCAAUCAGAAUUAUAAGGGACUACCUUAAAGAGGUGAAAUAUCAUGAAGACCACCUUCUGGUUUAUGGAUCAAUACUAAAUGUGCAAGUAUAUGGAUUCUGUAACAUUACUAGUGAGAAUCUUUUUGAAUACUUUGUUUAUUGUAAUUUUCCCAAUACCAUAUAUCCCUCCUACAUGUGUCUGCCAUAUUCUUAUACAGGUAAAAUUACAGUUUAAUAAGUGUCAAAAUCAGAGCACAACAAUGUAAUAGUUAGCCUGCUGUCUGCAAGAGUAGCAAAGAAAGCUUGUCACAAGCCAAGAGCAGGGUCAGGGGAGAGACAAUAGGACCUGACUAUGAGGGGCCUGCACUGGUUGCCUUUACUCUUUCCACCUCUCAUGCACUCCACCAGGUAACCUGCUGUGUUGCUGCUCCGCUGUCUGGAGCCUGCCAGAGUGGGUCAUAAAUAACGUGCAUGUUGCCGGAGCAAAUGGGUGCAGCUCUGUGCACUUAUUACUUGAACUUUCGAGAGCGUAUUUCAGAGUUAACCAUGCACUUCCUUUUUACCUUAAAGUAGACAUUUAAAAAUCAAUUAUAAUAAAUCAAAUAUAUCUUUCCACAUUUUAACUAAGUAUUUUUCUUAAUAUAAUCAUUGGGUAGAUAUUUAAUACUUUUAAUAAUUUUAAGAAAAGUGUAACUGCCUCUGGAAGACCAGAAAUUUUCUCCAUUUAACUGGCAGGAGAGGAUUAUAUCCAUUCUGAAAUUACCAAACAUCUAACCACCAAUUCAGUUCUUCACAGAAGCUCUGGACGAUCAGUACCAUGUCUUCCAUUCCUUUACAUGCUACAAAAACUCCUAAUUUUUGAAUUUUUAAUUAAAAUUUUUUAAUUUUAACAAAAAUUCUUAUGAUCAGCUGGAAGUAAUUUUCAGAAGCAAGAGAACAUUUCAGAUAGGCAGAAAUUUUUCUCCCCCUAGGAUUUGUCUGCAUUUUGACUUAUUUUGAGAUAUAAAAGUAUACUUUAAUAUGAGAUAUGCAAUACCUAUGAUACAGAUUUUUUAUUAAUUCCACUGUUUCGUGAGUCAGAGAAAUAAAAGUAUUUUCCAGGUUCUAUUUCACCACUAUUCCAUUCAUUUUAAGCAGAUUUAAUAAUUAACCUAUUUGUAUAUAAGUAGGUUGCUUGACCAGUAACUAGAUGUCAGUGCUAGAUAUCUAUGUGUAAAAAAAAUUAAACAUCUUAUAUUUCAUGUUAGAUCUAAGUCUGCAAGUUGAUUUUCUGAUGAGUGCUAAGACAUCAAACUGCACUGGCAUGCUCUGAUUUGCACAUUUGAAACGUGAGGACUGUAGUAAUAUAGCUGACUCUGCGGUGCCAUCGACAGUGCAGAGGCAGCAAAUGCCAGCGCUCGUACGCAGUGAACUAAGAAAAGGACUGUUGGCAAUCUGGUGCUGUUUUAAGAACUAAUAAGUAAAAUAAAAUGUUCACUCUUUCUGCAGUUAGUGUAAAAAU